AUGUCGAAGCCUCGCUCAGACUCGCCAGAAGCAGGCGACGUGGUCUCUGACAAAGUCGAGUCUCCAGACCUAGCCGCCCGCACCGUCCUUUACUCGCAGAGCGAGUCCGAUGCGCAGUCCGACGCGAGCACCCACGUCGACGGCGAGCUGGACAUUCCGCGGCGGUAUCGCGUCGCGGCAUUCCUACUCGUUGUUCUCUUCUCCACGGGCGCCAACUACGCCGAGGGCGUGAUUGGUCCGCUCAAGACGCGGCUGCGGAAGGAACUGAAGAUCACGAACGCACAGUUCGGCGCCCUUGCCAGCGCCACGGCCAUCGUCAACUCGGUCCUGCCCAUUCUCGGGGGUAUCGGCAUGGACUACUGGGGCGCGACCUACGCGGCCAUCAUCGCGAGCGCAUUCGUUGUAGUCGGCCAGCUCGUCGCCUGCUUCUCGGCCUCGACGAACCGGUACGGCCUUCUGAUCGGGGGGCAUAUCGUGAUGGGCUUCGGCUCGACGAUCCUCGAGGGCACACAGAACAAGCUCUACGCGCACUGGUUUCACGGCAGUCUCCUCGGUUUCGUGAUCGGCACUGACAUCGCGUGGGGCCGCGUAGUCUCCAUCGUGAUCCGAGCGACGGCGGUGCCGCUCGCGAACAUCGGCAACUGGUGGGGCUGGGCGCUGUGGGUUCCCUUCUUCGUGUGCUGCCUCUCGUGCGCAGCCACGCUUGCUUACUGGGUGUUUGAGCGGCGCGUCCCCGUCCGCUACCGCCCUGUACUGGGGCGACACGCGCGCGCCAAGGAGGGCGGCAAGCGCAAGGUCGAGUGGAACCUCCUCGUGGUCCUCCCCAAGUUCUUCUGGAUCCUGUGCUCGACGCAAGUGCUCCAGAACGCCGCGGUCAGCGUGUACUCGUCCAACCUCGCGGACAUGCAGGUCGUGACGCGCGGCACGAAAGAGCUUGCUGCGGGAUACAACUCGUCGCUGCAGGGCAUCGUACCGAUCGUGCUCACGCCGCUUGCCGGCUUGUUCUUUGACAAGAUCGGCUGGCGCUGUGUAUUCAUCUCGUGGACCGCGGCGCUGUAUGUGGUCGUGUUCGUGCUGAUCGGCCUUACGAAGGUUCACCCGCUAGCGCCAAUCCUCAUCUCCUCGUUUGCGCUGUCGACAAAUGCCAUCACAUUCAACGCGUGUAUCCCUGUGCUGGUUGGGACGCAACAUCUGAUGGGCACGGCGUUUGGCGUGUGGCGGGCGUUUCAAAACUGCAACACGCUCAUCCUCGAAGUCGCCGCCGGCGCGAUCCAAGACCGCACCGGCUCGUACACGGGCGUAAUCUACCUCCUGAUCGCGAUCAAGAGCGUCGAGUUCCUCAUCGGGCCCAUCUACGACUACUUGGACGGGCGGUGGCUCGGGCACAGCCUGCGCAUGCCCGAGAAGCAGCGCACCGCGUUCCGGCGCGACGCGCUGCUCUCGGGGCACGCGUACGAGGGCUGGCGCGUCAGCCGGCGCGUGCGCAGCGCCGUGCUGCUCCAGCUCGGCGCGAUGGUCGUCACGGGCUGGACGCUGUAUAUUGUCUAUUCGUUGGGGACGUAG